AUGCCCAACGUCUCCACAGUGAGGGGAUUCCUCCUGCUGGGAUUCUCGGAGGUCCGGGAGCUGCAGCCGGUCCAGGCCGCGCUGUUCCUCCCGGUCUACCCGGCGGCCCCGACGGGGAACCUCCUCGUCGUCGCCGUCACCGUCCUCGACCGCCGCCUCCGCGCCCCCAUGUACUUCUUCCUCGGGAACCUGUCCCUCAUCGACCUCUGCCUCGUCUCCGUCACCUUCCCCAAAUCCUUCUACAACUCCCUGACCGACCUUAGAGAAAUCUCCUUCCUAGGCUGUGCAACACAGGUCUGUCUGGUGAUUUUCUUUGCGGGUGCAGAAUAUUUCCUCCUCACGGCGAUGUCCUACGACCGCUACGCCGCCAUCCGCCUCCCCCUGCGCUACGGGGUCGUCAUGAACAGAGCGACCUGCGGGAAGAUGGCGGCCGCCUCCUGGCUCGGCGGGGGCCUGUUCGGAGUCCUGUUUUCAGCUUCGACCUUCUCCCUGUCCUUCCGCGGGUCCAACGUCGUCCAGCAGUUCUUCCGUGACGUCCCCUCCCUGCUGAAGAUCACCUGCUCCGAGGAGCACGUCGCCAUCGACGUGAGCGUCGCCGCCGGGGUAGCGUUAGGCGUCGUCUGCUUCAUUCUCAUCGUCGUCUCGUACGCGCGCAUCUUCCGGGCCGUGCCGAGGAUGCCGGCCGCCGAGGGCCGGGCCGGAGCCUUCUCCACCUGCCUGCCUCACCUGACCGUCGUCACUCUCUUUGUCAUCACUUCUUUCUGUGCUUACUUGGAGCCACCCUCAGAUUCCCCCUCGGUACUGAACCCGCUGAUGUCCUUGUUCUACACCGUGUCGCCCCCCGCCCUCAACCCCCUCAUCUACAGCCUGAGGAACCGGGACGUGAAGGCCGCCCUGGGGAGGGGGCUAAGCAGGGAAUGGCCUCCGUCUUGCGGACGUGAAGUCGCCACUCUUUGCCUGCUGGAGUUAACGUGGCCACAGUGA